GAGUGGUUGGACGGGAUAAAUGAACAGUUUUGGCUUCAUCGCGGUUCACUGUGGAACUGACUGUCAGGCGUCAAGAUGGACAGCUUCUCUGUGAUCGCUGUGUUCACACUUCUUCUGGUGGUGGUGAGAGGACAGUCCACAGCAGCUAUGCCUCCUACAACUACAAUUGGCCCAGUUACAACUCUGCCUCCUACGACUACAACUGGCCCAGUUCCAAUUCCGCUUCCUAUGACUACAACUGGCCCAGUUACAACUCUGCCUCCUACGACUACAACUGGCCCAGUUACAACUCUGCCUCCUACGACUACAACUGGCCCAGUUACAACUCUGCCUCCUAUGACUACAACUGGCCCAGUUACAACUCUGCCUCCUACGACUACAAGUACCGUACCUCCAACUCCGGAUACAGUUGCCAUAUUUCCAACUAUGCCUCCAACAACUACAACUAGCCCAGUUACAACUCUGCCUCCUACGACUACAAGUACCGUACCUCCAACUCCGGAUACAGUUGCCAUAUUUCCAACUAUGCCUCCAACGACUACAACUACCACAGUUCAGCCUCCAGGUGUAAGGGUGGUGGCCAACUUGAAUAUGAAGCUUCUGGCUCCAAGCACCAUGGACGUGUACGGAGUAGAUUCGGCGCUUUACAUGGGUGCUGCUCAACUUGAGAUUUUCUUGCGGACCAAGUACAACAUCCAGGGUCUGAGCAUCACCAGGAUGGAGAGGGAGCCACUUCCAGAAAACCUGUAUUAAUAUCUGAUUAUAUCCAAAAAUGAUUUCUUCCUUCUUCCUUGUGCUUCACUUUUCCGCAUGUGCUUUUGGUUGUGGACGAGGGGGCGUGACAUGAAUUUCGUCAUCAGGGGUUGCGGCUGACACCUGUGAUCGACGUAAGUGUGGCCCAGAUAUUUAUAUUUAGUGGAAUCUUUGAACAUCUGUGCACAUCGACCGUGUGUGUGCGUGAUAAUUAAUUAGAUGUUUCCAGUAGAUGGCAGUGUUGACUUUCACAUAUCAACACUCAACGGCAAAAGAGUAGAGGAAGAAUAGCUAUUGUUGUAGUAGUUUUAUUGAGCAGUUCUAUGAAGAGGGUCUUAGGUACCUGCAUAUCUAAUUUUUCAUACUGUCCAGACAUUAUACUGAGGUACACAGUGUUUGAAAAAGCAGCACUAUUCCGGCAUUUUGAAAUCUUGGCUAUAAAAUUUGGUGAGCAAAUUUAGGGGGGGGGGUUGGGGUCCCAGAUAAUUUUGUCUUAAGGAUUCCAAAAUACCACAGUAUACCUUAUCGCCGUGAUAUAGCACAAGCCUAGAGUGAUAACUGCUCAAAAAAGUUUACGCGUUUCACUGCCCUCUCCUGGUGUGAUGGAAUAUCACUGCUGUAUUCAGCACCGAUCGCGACCAUCCGCAUCCGCAGCCAAAUGUAGUAUGAACACGAGCUGGUUGCGAGCACGAGCGUCCGCAGCCAGAAACUGCACGAAAGUGCAUGCAAAAAAGUGAAGUAUGAACUAGGCUUUACUGCAUAGCUUUCAUAAGCCCGUUUUGGGAUUUCAGUCAGCAGAAAUAAUAAAGAAAAUAAAUGAAUAUAAUGGAGUAUUAAACUGAAAUAAUUUGCUUAUCUUCAGAUUCCGGCACGUUAUACUGAAUUUCUGUCUUACAGUGCCAGUCAAAUUUUAGACACACCUACCCAUAGAAAUUGUACUAUUCUCUGUAUUUUAGAAUAAUUAUAAAGACAUCAAAACUAUAAAAUAACAUAUAUGAAUGAAUAAAUGAAUAAUUUGA